AACUCACAAAACCAUUAUCGUAAAUUUUACACAACCAAACUCAAAAAAAAAAAAAACAUGGAGGACACCCGAAAGAGCCGGCGGGUCGAGAUCAACGGGAUACUAACGGCGGUAUCCAGCAAGCCGACGGGUCCGGGACGGAUCCACCCGUUGACCGAUAUUGACCACGCCAUGGAUCAACACACCGUCCACGUCAUCUUCUACUACCGUCGAAGCCCGUUCUCGUCGUUUGACCUCGACUCCGUCCGGGUCUCGCUGUCGGAGCUCCUGUCGUUUUACCCGCCCGUUACGGGUCGGGUCGCCCGGAACCCGGAGACCCGGAAAUGGGAGGUGAAGUGCAACGACGCGGGCGUACGGAUCCUUAAGGCGAGAGUGGGUGUGGGAUUGGAUGAAUGGCUGAGAUCUGCCGAUGGGAACGAGGAGAGAGAUCUGACGGUGUGGGAGGCUAUGCCUGAGGAUCCCAGUAUUUGGUCUCCAUUUCGUAUUCAGAUAAAUGAAUUUGAAGGGGGAGGGGCAGCUAUUGGGCUAAGUUGCUCCCACAAGCAAGCUGACCCAACUUCACUCAUCUUUCUUUUCAAGUCAUGGACGGAAGCCCAACGCCGUCAGCCCAUCUCCCACCCUCCUUCCUUCUCACCCCUGAUCAACACCAACGCCGUUAACUCCCCAUCCUUGGAAACACCCACCACCGCAACCGCAACCGCCACAGCCACGUUCAGAUUCUCAGCCUAUGCAUUCAGGCGAUGCCUCGAGGAAUCGGUCGCCGGCAUAUUCCCCGACGCCUCACCGUUCGACGUAUUCGCCGCCCUUUUCUCCUCCCGCAUCGCAAACGCCAAACGCGACCACAGUCGCAACCGCAGUUCCGUCACAAUAUGCGUAGAUAUCAGGAGGCUAUUGCCGGACCCGGUUCCGUACGGUUUCUUCGGAAACGCGUUGCAUUUCUCAUCGCUGGAGCUCUCUCACACAGACGAUACCAGGAUCGGUCACGUGGCACGGAUGAUAAACCGCCACGUGGCGAAUCUGGACGGAGACCAGAUCUUGUCCGGUUUGAAACGGUUAGGGCCGGAGGCGGUUCAAAUGUACGGUUCAGAUCUGACGGUGGUGAGCAUGGAGCAUAUGGUCGUGGAAGGAGAGCCGUCGAUGUACGAGGCGGUGUUCGACGGCGGAGAGAGGCCGUCUCACGUGAGCUGCAUGAUCGGAAACUCCGGGAGAGAGGGAGUGAUCGUGGUGACUCCAUCGCCGGAAAAAGGGUUUGGGAGGACGGUGACGGUGACGUUGCCGGAAGAGGAGACGAAGAAGUUGCUUGUCGACCAAGAAAUCCUCCGUUUUGAGCCGGAGAUUAUUCUAAGUGGUGGAGUGAAUUUCUGAUAUACACACACAUAUA